UUAGUGAUAGUUAGAUUGACCACUCUAACUACAGCAAAGGAACACCGAAUGCUGUAGAUCGCUGCUAAAAAGGAAAAUCAUUUCUUUAUUUUCAAACAACAUUUCAUUGACGUGAAUCUUAGGAAUUAUAUCACUUUUCCCUGGAUUUGCUACUGUUUUAAACGUGUGGAAGGUAAAAGAAUAAGUGACAAAAUGAAGUCAACUGCAAUCUUUUUGCUACUGAUGCUUUGGAACUGCGAGAGCGCGAGAGUCGCAGAAAGUCGAGACGACAACAGUGUUUACGAUUUGUUUGAGCUCGUCCAAGUGCCGAGGAAAAACCACGGGGUCACCCUGGUGAAAGGCGACGACCCGUACAGUCCCGCCUACAAGAUCUUGAACCCCGACCUGAUCCCCCCGGUUCCCGAGAGCGCCUUCAGGGACCUAAUCGAUUCCAUUCACGCCGAGAGAGGAUUUCUGCUCCUGGUCAAUUUCAAGCAGUUCAAGCACACGAGGGGAAGCCUUCUGACCGUGGAGAAGAAUGACGGCUCCGGACCCGUUUUCGAAAUCAUUUCCAACGGGAAAGCCAACACUCUGGACAUUGUUUUUUCCACUGAAAACAAGCAACAGGUCGUGUCCAUCGAGGAAGCGGACUUGGCGGUGGGACACUGGAAAAACAUCACUCUUUUCGUGCAGGAGGACAGGGUUCAGUUCUAUGUGGGAUGUGAGGAGGUGAAUACAGCGGAGCUCGAUGCUUCUAUCCAGUCAAUCCUCACUCAGGAGACCCCGGGGGUGGCGAGCUUGAGGAUCGGCAAGGGCGCAGUGAAGGACAGGUUCAUGGGGGUGCUGCAAAACGUGCGCUUUGUGUUCGGAACAACUCUGGAAGCGAUUCUGAGGAAUAAAGGAUGCCAAAACUCAGCAGUUAUGACUGAUAUCAUCACCCUUGACAAUCCCAUAAAUGGAUCCAGACCUGCAAUCAGGACUGAUUACACCGGCCACAAAACAAAAGAUCUGCAGAUGAUUUGUGGCUUCUCAUGUGAGGACCUGGCUGGCAUGUUCAAGGAACUGAAAGGUCUUGGUGUGGUGGUGCAAGAACUGUCCAAAGAACUCCGCAAAGUGAUGGAUGAGAAAAACGUGCUCAUGAAUUACAUGGGCAUUCAUACUGGUGUCUGUCUUCACAAUGGAAUUGUGCACAAAAACAAGGACGAAUGGACGGUGGAUGAUUGCACAGAGUGCACUUGCCAGAACUCUGCAACGGUGUGCCGCAAGAUUUCAUGUCCCCUAAUCCCGUGUGCAAAUGCCACAGUGCCUGAUGGGGAAUGCUGCCCUCGUUGUGGAACCCCGAGCGACUCCGCUGAGGAUGGCUGGUCCCCCUGGUCUGAAUGGACCCAUUGUUCUGUGUCCUGUGGAAGGGGCAUUCAGCAGCGCGGCCGCUCUUGCGACCGCAUCAAUAACAACUGCGAGGGCACGUCUGUGCAAACGAGAGACUGCUACCUCCAGGAGUGUGACAAGCGCUUUAAGCAAGAUGGCAGCUGGAGUCACUGGUCACCCUGGUCCUCCUGCUCGGUCACCUGUGGUGCUGGCGUUAUCACUCGCAUCCGUCUCUGCAACUCCCCAACACCUCAGAUGGAAGGCAAAGAUUGCCAGGGUGAAGGUCGGCAAACUGAGAGGUGUGAGAAAUCACCAUGUCCGAUCAAUGGCGGCUGGGGACCAUGGUCACCCUGGGACACUUGCUCCAUUACCUGUGGCGGUGGCGUCCAAAAUCGUAAGCGUCUUUGCAAUAACCCAAUACCCAAGUAUGGUGGCAAAGACUGCGUAGGAGACGCAAAGGCCAGCCAGCUUUGCAACAAACAAGCCUGUCCAAUUGAUGGAUGUCUUUCAAAUCCAUGCUUUGAAGGAGCCCAGUGUACAAGCUUCCCAGAUGGCUCUUGGAAAUGUGGAAAAUGCCCCACAGGAUACACUGGCAAUGGAAUCAACUGCAAGGAUAUCAAUGAGUGUGAGGAAGUCCCUGAUGCCUGCUUUGAAUUUAACGGAGUCCAUAGGUGUGAGAACACAGUGCCAGGCUACAACUGCCUGCCAUGCCCCACUCGCUACACCGGCCCACAGCCAUUUGGUCGAGGAGUGGAAGAUGCUGCUGCCAAGAAACAGGUGUGCACGCCUCGUAAUCCCUGCCUCGAUGGAAGCCACGACUGCAAUAAGAACGCUCGUUGCAACUACCUGGGCCAUUUCUCAGACCCUAUGUUCCGAUGCGAGUGCAAACCUGGCUUUGCUGGAAAUGGACACAUCUGUGGAGAGGACACUGAUCUUGAUGGCUGGCCUAAUGCUGAUCUUGUGUGUGUCGAGAACGCAACCUAUCACUGCAAAAAGGACAACUGCCCCAAUCUUCCCAACUCUGGGCAAGAGGACUAUGACAAGGAUGGAAUUGGUGAUGCUUGUGAUGAUGAUGAUGACGAUGAUGGCAUUCCUGAUGACAGGGACAACUGCCCACUCAUCUUCAACCCAAGACAGUACGACUAUGAUCGCGACGACGUGGGAGACCGCUGUGAUAACUGUCCGUACAACAGUAACCCAGACCAGACUGACACGGACAACAAUGGUGAAGGUGACGCCUGUGCUGUGGACAUUGAUGGAGAUGGUAUUUUGAAUGAGAAUGACAACUGCCCGUAUCUGUACAACGUCGACCAGAAGGACACCGAUUUCGAUGGAGUUGGUGAUCAAUGUGACAACUGCCCUCUGGAACACAACCCAGACCAGCUCGACUCUGAUGCGGACCGUGUCGGAGACAAAUGUGACAGCAACCAGGAUAUCGACGAGGACGGCCACCAAAACAACCUAGACAACUGCCCGUACAUCCCUAACGCGAACCAGGCUGAUCACGACAAGGAUGGUAAAGGAGAUGCCUGUGACUAUGAUGAUGAUAAUGAUGGCAUCCCUGAUGACAAAGACAACUGCAGAUUGGUUCCUAAUCCAGAUCAACUGGAUUCUGAUGGCGAUGGACGUGGUGAUGCCUGCAAAGAUGACUUUGACCAGGACAAUGUCCUAGAUAUCUAUGAUGUGUGUCCUGAGAACUUUGACAUUAGUGAAACCGACUUCCGCAAAUUCCAGAUGGUACCUCUGGAUCCCAAGGGCACUUCUCAGAUUGACCCCAACUGGGUGGUUCGUCAUCAAGGAAAAGAACUGGUUCAGACAGUCAACUGCGACCCCGGCAUUGCUGUUGGUUUUGAUGAAUUCAAUUCAGUCGACUUCAGUGGAACGUUCUUCAUCAACACAGAGAGGGAUGAUGACUACGCCGGCUUUGUUUUCGGAUACCAAUCCAGCUCUCGCUUCUACGUGGUCAUGUGGAAACAGAUCACACAGACCUACUGGUCCAGCACACCUACCAAGGCACAGGGUUACUCAGGGCUGUCAAUCAAAGUGGUUAAUUCCACCACAGGGCCAGGUGAACAUCUGAGGAACGCCCUCUGGCACACCGGAGACACUCCAGGACAGGUGCGCACGCUGUGGCAUGACCCGAAGAACGUGGGAUGGAAGGACUUCACUGCUUACAGAUGGCACCUGACGCAUAGACCAAGAACUGGACAUAUAAGAGUGGUCAUGUAUGAAGGCAAAAAAAUCAUGGCAGAUUCUGGCAGAAUUUAUGACAAAACAUACGCAGGCGGAAGACUGGGUCUCUUUGUCUUCUCACAAGAGAUGGUGUACUUCUCAGACCUCAAAUACGAAUGCAGAGAUGCGUAAUUGCACAGUCAGGAAGUCUAUCAAAGAAUGCACCUUUCCAUAUAAAUAUGUAUUCCGGGCAAAGUCCAGGGACAGAUUUGACGCUACUUGUUCUGCUCACACACCGGUGGAGUGAGAAAGCAAGUGGUCAAUUUCAAUGUAAUUGUCACUGGUUGGGAUAGAAACCAAGUGGCUGCCGAUUCAGAAUAUCUGAACUCCUCCACCAUUAGCAGGUAGAGCAGAAGAAAGUCUUCCUCGCUUGCUUAAAGGAUUAGUCCACUUUCAAAUAAAAAUUUCCUGAUAAUUUACUCACCCCCAUGUCAUCCAAGAUGUCCAUGUUCUUCUUUCUUUAGUUGAAAAGAAAUUAAGGUUUUUGUUGAAACCAUUCCAAGAUUAUUCUCCUUAUAGUGGACUUCAGUUGGCCCCAAACGGUUGAAGGUCAAAAUAACAGUUUCAGUGCAGCUUUCAGUGCAUGGCUUUAAACGAUGCCAGAUGAGGAAUAAUUUGGUCAUUUAAAAAAAAAAAAAUAAAUAAUUAUAUACGUUUUAACCA